ACUUUUCGAUUUAGUAGGAUUAAAUCUUUUCCGAAGAUGUGUCCGAAAUUAUUAAUCAAUUGAAAAAAAUACUUUAAAGAUGAACCGAAUGAAGAAGCAUAGAAUCAAAGAAGAGAAAGCGACGACUUCCUCAUCUAGUCGGAGACAGGAGGAGCAUGAUUUGGCGUAUUUCAUUCACGACAGAGUAGAGUUGAUGCAUCAAGUGUUUUCUGUUUUGAAAUCGAAAGAACUCAAGUCUUUGGCCCCUGAGUGCGUCAGACGGUUAUCUAUAGACGAUUUACAGGAGUUAUGUUUGGAAGAACUUCUAGGAAUAAGUUCCAAACGACUAUGCGCUAUCCUGGACGGUGCGGAGCCCCCCUCAGACACAGACUCCUCUAGCCAGUCAGCCGAGCAGUUGGAGACCAUCUCUCUCGACAGCAUAUCAUCCGAUGAUGAGAUACUGAGCCAAGCUAGUGGUAAAAAGAAAAAAGCGCUAACUGGCACGGGCGUGUGCGACGGAUUUGGCCUGGGAGCAUACAUAAGUUCCAACAACAUAAUUGGUGUACAAGCCAGCAACCCCUGGUUUGAUACUACCACCUAA